ACAUCAGAAUAAUAAAAAAAAAAAUAUGUGGAGGAGAGGGUCAAAAUCGGAAAAGUGGGCUUCUUUGUUUGAUGCAUCUAGUAUUUAUAUUUAUUUAUUUAUUUAUUUAUCUGAAACGCAAGAAGAUUAGGUUGAAGAAAAGAAAAACCCCACCGCUACUAAAGUCUCAAUCUGUUUGAAAUUCCGUUUCGUGUCGUCGUCUGUUUGAAAUUCGAAGGUCCUUAUCGCGUUCGGCUUAUCAAUUUAUUUGGUUUAAAAGACUAUGGACUCAUCUACAUCGCAGCAGACGACAGACACCGUCAAUGAAAGUUUACCUGCUAUACCUGUGGUGCCAUAUGACCGGUUGUUCCCUUUCUUGUUUCCCCAUAUUGACCAAGACAAAGUCGAUGAAAUUCAAGCUUUAUUCGAGAAAUAUAAGAGAGAUGAAAUAAUACCCAAGUCUAGGUUUUUCGCGCGUGUGACAGACAUUGUGGGAAUGCAGCUGGUUUAUUCAGCAACGAUGCAACUGCACGAACAACAGAAUAAAAAUCGUCAGGUCCCAGUCAAUGAACAGUUUACAACCCAGAUCGAUUCCAGUGACCUGGAUUUGCCAUUUGACCAGCUGUAUCCUUUCUUUCUACCAUAUAUGACUGACCCAGACAAAGUCAUUGAACUUAAAGUUUUAUUCGACCAAUAUAGGAGAGGUGAAAUACCUAAGGAUACUUUUGUACCUGUUAUGACAGGCAUUUUGGGGGAGCAGAUAUUUAAAUCAGCAGCAGCAAAAGUGAAACAACCGAAAAGCAAUCUACAAGUCAAUGAACAACCUGGAACCCAAAUCAAUUCUAGUGACACAGGGGUGACAUUUUACCAGCUGUUCCAUCUCUUGGCUCCCCAAAUUGGCAUAGAGAAAACCAUUGAUCUUUACGUUUUAGGUGAAAAAUACAAGAGAGGUGAGAUACCCAAGUCUGAUGUUAUACCGCUUAUGAAAGGCAUUGUGGGGAAGCCGGCUUUUAAAUUAGCAGGAGACAUACUGCUAAGACAGAUAAGAAACAAAACAGGCUCUUCUGCCACAUCUCUCUAGAAGUAUGAAUGCUGCUACAGACUGUUCUCAUAAUACCUGUGUUUGGGCAGGGUGUGACCUGUUAAAGUGUUGUGAGUUGGUUAAAUGUUGAUGGAUUUUGUCAGCUUCCUUUUGGAACCAUGUUCUUUGUUCCUACUUAUUUUGUGAAAAUGCGGUCUAGUCAUGCAAUUUAUUAGAAUGUGGAUUUCAAAGCUCAUGAAUCUGAUUGGUGAUUGGUGUAUCUGUCAUGACUUUGUGAACUUGAUAUUGAAGUUCAUUAACCAUGUGUAGUAUUCAAAUAAUCUUACAUAAUUGAAUUCUAAAUUAUGCAUC